GGCAGCACAGGACGGAGGAGUUCCGGAAGGUGAACGUCCUGAUGAAGGUGCCCGCGCUAAGGGAUGGUUCUUUCACCUUAGCAGAGAGCAUUGCAAUCCUCCUGUACCUGGCCCGGAAAUUCAAGACUCCCGAUCACUGGUACCCAUCUGACCUGCAGAAAAGGGCGAGGGUUGAUGAGUACCUGUCAUGGCAGCACGUCAACAUUCGUGGGAAGGGGAGCAAGCUGUUCUUAACAAAGGUGCUGCUGCCUCUCCUCACAGGCCAGCCACUUCCUCCAGAGAAACUGGAAGGUGUUACUGAAGAGCUGAACGUUGUCCUGAAGCAGUUUGAGGAGAAGUUCUUGCAGGACAAGCCCUUCAUCGCAGGCAGCGAGAUCUCCCUGGCAGACCUCGUAGCACUGGUGGAGCUCAUGCAGCCUGUAGGUGCUGGCUAUGACCUCUUUGAGGAGAGGCCGAAGUUGGCGGAAUGGCGCCGGCGGGUGGAAGAAGCGGUGGGGAAGCAGCUCUUCCAGGAAGCCCACGAAGGGAUCUUGAAUGCCAAGAACUUGACCGCUGACCAGAUUGCACCUGAACUGCUGGAACACUUCAAGCACCAGCUCCUAAAGCAGGCCAGCCAGAAUUAG